AUGGUCAAGCUCGCCGCCGUCGAAGCCGCUCCGGUAUUCUUGAACAAGAGCGCCACGACCAAAAAGGUAUGCGACCUAAUCCUCGAGGCCGGCUCCGAAGGCGCGGAUGUCAUUGGGUUCCCCGAAUGCUUUCUAUCGGGAUACCCCGGCUGGCAUGCGCUGAUCUCUCCGACCAACCCCCUCGUGCAAUCGCUCUACCUGAGGCUCUUCGAGUCCGCCGUCGAGGUCCCCGGCCCGGAGGUCGACGCCAUAUCGGAAGCGUGCAAGAAGGCCAACGUUUACGCCGUCGUGGGCGUCAACGAACGCCGCGCCGACACCACGGGCACGCUGUUCAACACGCAGCUCAUCUUCGGACGCGACGGGGCCCUCCUCCACAAGCACCAAAAGUACAUCCCCACGGUUGGAGAGCGGCUGAUCCACGCGCCCGGCCACACCGGCAGCAAGGCGUCGGCAAGGACGGACUUUGGCGCCGUGAGCGGCUUGAUCUGCGGCGAGAACGGAAACCCGCUUGCGCAGUACUCGCUGGGGCUGGAUUACCCCUCCGUGCAUGUGGCGUCCUGGCCGCACUUCUUCGGCAUCGACCACGACAUGAGCGACGCGAUUCAGGUUGCAGGAAAGGCCGUCGCCUUCUCGGUGGGCGCGUUCGUCAUCAACUCGGCAGGUCUUGUGGGAGACGAGGAGCUGGAAGCAUACGGGACCGAGGGCGAGGUCCGGGACUUUCUGCUGGGCGAGAGAAGGAAACGGAGGGCUACAAUCUACGGGCCGGGCGGCUUCGUCGUUGCUGGCCCGCUCGAGGAGGGUUCGGACAAGGAGAUUCUGUAUGCCGAUGUCGACCUGCAGGUUGUCAAGGCGGUCAAGUUCCCAUUCGACUAUGCCGGGCAUUACCAAAGGCCGGCGAUUUUUGCUCAUCACUUCAAGGAGUACCUGGACAGUCCUGAACUGUAA